AUGGGCUUGAAAUUUAUGGAAGUUGAAAGUAUUCAGGCGGCAAUGGCCCCAAUUCUCUUGAUGAUUAUUGCAUGGUUAACUUAUCGUGCGCUCAUCGCCGUCUACAAUAUCUCUCCCUUCCACCCUCUCUAUCAAUUUCCUGGUCCUAAAAUAGCUGCUUUGACAUAUUUAUACGAGGCCUACUUCGACUGGUGGCUAGAAGGGCGAUAUGGGAAGAAAAUCCGAAGAAUGCAUGAGAAUUAUGGGCCGAUCGUGAGAAUCAAUCCGGACGAACUCCAUUGCAAUGACCCACUUUUCACCGAUGAGAUUUACGCCGGCGGUAACCGGAUCCGGGAUAAUUGGCAACACCAAUUAAACACCGGUGCUGCCAGUUCCAUAUCCGUCGCUGCCUUCUCUACGGUAUCGCAUGAGUUACACCGCAUUCGAAGAGGCGCUCUGUCAAAAUUCUUCUCGCGCCAACAAAUGCUGAAAUUAGAAGGAGAAGUCCAUAACUUUACACAACGAACCGUAGAUAAGAUGUUACGCUUCGCUGAUAGGAAACCAUUUGACGUAAAAGAAGUAUUUAAUUGCUUUACUGCUGACAUAAUAUCCCAAUAUGCCUUUGGCGAACCCCUCGGCUUCGUCGAUCAGGAUGAUUGGGAACCCAACUUUGCUACUUGGGCGAAAUCUUUCUUUGAGAGUGCUUAUAUGAUGAGAUAUAACGCCCUGGCUCGGAAGUUAGCAGAGCUAACUCCUCUAUUCGCCAAUUACAUGGGCGAUGACUUCAGAGCAGUAACAAAAUUGACAUCGGUGAUAAUUCCGCAGUAUAUCCAAGCGGCUCUAAGCCACCCUGGCGGUGGUAGAGUGUUUUCAGAGCUAAUUGGAUCGGACGUACUUCCUGAGGAAGAGAAAACCAUGUAUCGAUUGUCCGGUGAAGGAUUCAGCUUGUUGACUGCGGGCACCGAGACUACAGCAGCGACACUUACUGUCAUCACGUACUAUCUUCUAGCAAAGCGAAAUGUCUAUUUCCGUUUAACGGAAGCAUUGAGAGGUGUUGACCCGUUGAAUCUCAAAUGGACUGACCUGGAGCAACGUCCAUAUUUAUGGGCUGUGAUACAGGAGGCAGUACGCUUGACUCCUGGGAUUUCUCAAAGGGUGGCCAGAAUUGCUCGGACAGAAGACCUAAUCUAUCAGAGUAGAGAUGGUCGCGUUAAAUGGGUCAUUCCGAGGGGAACUCCAAUUGGUAUGACUACUGUGAUUAAUCAUAGCGAUCCUGAAAUAUUUCCUGAGCCUGAAGAAUUUGUACCCGAGCGUUGGAUUGUGGACGGCCGUCAAAAUUACGCCUUGGAGAAGCUGCUUAUUUCUUUUGGAAAAGGGACCCGGUCGUGUUUGGGUACUCACCUUGCGUAUUGCGAGAUAUUCCUCAUGACGGCGGCCCUGACGUUGCGUGUUCUGCCAAGAGCUCGGUUAUUCGAAACCACUAUUGAGGACAUAAAAUAUGACCACGAUCUAAUUGUGCCUCAAACUAUCAAAGGGUCUGUUUCGGUUCGUGUUUCGUUAUCAUAG